AUGGUCGUCCCAGGUUGGGUACUUUUCGUCACGGGCCUGGUUGCCUAUCAACUCGCGAACCGGUGCGCAAAUCAGAUAGUCAGACGAGCAAACCCAGACUUCUACAAGACGUUGGAGACGGACGAGCCUCACAAAUUGGCUGCUUAUUUUGUCUUCCCUCUGGGCUUCCUCUUAACAUUACUGACGACACCCAUAUGUAUCACGGCAUACAAUGACACGUCCUCUGCCACCGAGAUAUUUGGGCUCGACCGCCCCUUCACCACCUAUGGCAAGGUUUGCCUCGCCUCUCGAGCCAUCCUCUGGGCCUCUGAGCUGCCACUUCUCAGCUAUUCUGCAGAUUAUGUUGCCCACCACGCCCUCUCUCUCUCAUCACUCGGCCUCUUCCUCAUUGGCCGAGGUCCGAGAAGACCUCUUUAUCUGAUCUACGCCGGCCUGGCAACGGAGUUGUUCUACGAUACUGCCGUGUUAUUGCGUUUCCACGGCCGCACGGCAUCAAACUCGCCGAUACUCCGAAAGAUCCUCCUUGCGAAUGUAGUUUCGAUGGUAUUACUCAGACUUCUCCCAAUCAUAGCCCACAGCGCGGCAAUGCCGGAAACGCGAGCAGACUACCUCGCCGGGAUCGCAUCUUGUUGCAUUCACAUAUGCCGUUUAAGCUUUGUUCAGCUGGGGUCCCUGGGAUACAUCGACGCCACAGCAGGCAGAAAAUCCAGGCCAGAGUUGGAUUUCGUCAAAUCCACGUCGUGGGCUACCAUUGUGUCAUGA